CUUUGUUUUACUCUUCAUCCUCACCGAUCAAACCUCACUCUCGUUUCGACUUCGCUGCACAUCCACCACAUCUCCCCCACCACAUUCUUUGACCAUCUGUCACUCUUUUUGAUCUUUGCGCUGCUCAAAUCACAACAGAAGAGUAGUUUCAAUCGUUACGCUCAAACACCACUACAAGGAAAAAGAAGAUAAACAUGGUUUCCAUCAAGCUCAUCGUCGCUGUGGCUACAGUCUUCGCUGCUGGUGUGUUCGCUCACGACGGACACCACCACAUGCACCGCCGUGGUGUCAUCAACAAGAGGUAUGCUUAUGGCCAGAACGAUACCAUUACCACCGGCAUUGUUGGCACUGGUACCGUCGGCCACUUGGAGCCCGUGGUUACGCAGACCACCUACAUGGCAUCCACCACUUCGUGUGUGACGGUAACCUACACUCUUGGUGACGGUCGUGCCAUCACCAAGACGAUUACGAAGACGAUCGAGGUGCCUACCACCGCCUACGAAACACACUACUAUUCCACCGCCCCCGUCGACCCAACUGCGUCUGAGACGACCACCAUCUACCACUACAUGCCGUCAGCUGCCCCCGAGCAGACCGAUGAGCAGGACCGGGAGACGAUCACCUCGACUACCACUCGCAAGGUCACUGUUCCGGUGUACCACACCGACACCGAGUACCAGACCAAUGGCCCCGUCGCCCAGCCGUCUAUCGCUCCCGUCGAGUACUCCGAGCACCCCACCACCACCAAGACUGUGACCGCUACUGCUGUGUCGACGGAAGUCGUUCAUGUCACUAUGACCAUUGCGCCUCCCGCUCCUAUCUACCCUGUUGUCAGCUCGAGCUCUAUCCCUAGCUUCAGCUCCAGCUCUCUGCCGGUUGUGCAUCUCCCUCCCUACGCCAACUACACCAUGCACACCACGGUCAAGAGCGGUAACCCGACCACCUUCAAGCUGUACACCACCGACAAGGCCGCCCCCGUCGGCCCCACCGGAACCGGACUGGUUGGCUGCUCCACGGGUCAGACGACGACCAUCACGCAGUCGGUUGUCACUACCGUUGCUGGCCCUACUUCCGUCGAGACUGUCUACCAGUACUACUAGAACGAUUCCUGCGGUGGUUGUUUCGGUAAGGGUGGAUCUCAUGCGAUCACUCGGCGUUAGCACCUCAUCCUUCUAGUUUUCUUGUUCAAGUUUUUUUUCUGUUUUGUCGGCAGCUUGAGGGGAAAUAAACCUUUGUAACUGUGUGUUGUGUUCUUUCUUUUCUUUUCUUCUUCUUUCAUUCAUUCUUUCAUUCUUUUGCUUCUGUGUAUCUACUUCGGGAUCUAGGGGAACGAUGUGAUGCGAACCGCACGGACGGCCGAAACGGAAUUAAGUGUUUAGUGUUGCCAAAGUGUGUACGUUUAACGUGUGCUGUGUGCUGUGCUGUACGAGGUGCUUCGAUAGGAAUCAUCUGAUUGGAG